CCACCACCCCUGGGUGUUUGUCCUGAGAGUUGGGAGCAGACGGGGAGAGACGAUAGUGAAGCCAGGGCCAUCAAAGUACGGGCCGGGACAAAAGGAUAGCAGGGGAGGACGGAGAACAAGGGCACGCCGAACAGGAGGAGAAACCACACAGCCAGCCAGCCGGACUUGUUAGCAGGAGGAGUGUUGACGUUUAACCGAAGAUGACUACAUACACAGUGAAUCUGAAUGGCCCCGCUCCAUGGGGUUUCAGACUACAGGGAGGAAAGGACUUCAACAUGCCACUCACCAUCUCCAGGAUAACUCCAGGCAGUAAAGCGUCGGGCGGCAGCCUGACCCAGGGAGACAUCAUCUCAUCCAUCGAUGGGGUCAGCACCGAUGGGAUGACGCACCUGGAGGCCCAGAACAAGAUCAAGUGUGCCACCUCCAACCUGUCACUGACCAUGCAUAAAUCAAGACGCCCUGCACCAGUUCACACAACAAUUGCAAGAAUGGACUCACCCAUGCCAGUCAUCCCCCACCAGAAGGUUAUCGCAAACACACCUGCAAAUGUGGAGUACACUCCCAGCUUCAACCCCAAUGCUCUGAAAGACUCAGCCCUGUCCACCCACAAGCCCAUUGAGGUGAGGGGUCCAGGGGGAAAGGCCACCAUCGUUCACGCCCAGUACAACACACCCAUUAGCAUGUACUCACAGGACGCCAUCAUGGACGCCAUUGCGGGGCAGUCGCAGGCCAAGGGACACGAAAGUGAGGAGGCAGGCUCCCCCCUGGCUGGGUCUCUGCCUAUGAAGGACCCUGUGGUAGACUGUGCGUCUCCAGUGUACCAGGCAGUGAUCAGGCCAGGUGAGAACUCCCAGGAAAUGUCUGAGUGGGCUCGCCGUGCUGCCAACCUGCAGUCCAAGAGUUUCAGGAUCCUGGCCCACAUCACUGGCACCGAAUACCUGCAAGACCCAGAUGAGGAAGCCCUGCAGAGGUCGAGAGAGAAGUUUGAGUCGGAGGUGAAAGGGCCCCGCUUUGCCAAGCUGAAGAACUGGCACCAAGGACUGUCUUCACAGAUCCUCAACAUCCAGGAAUAAAGAGGAGCAGGAGAGAAAGAAAGAGAGAGAGAGAGAAAAAGAGAGAGAGAGACAGAGAGGAGGAGGACAUGUAAAAGAGGACAUGGACAAAAGCACAGGAGAUAACAGGAAGAGGGGAUAAAUUAUGGAGGAAAAAAAUGAGCAGGAGUAGUAAACUCCUCAGGAAUGUGAGAUAGUGUUGUAGCCUAGAUCAGUAGAAUGUGAGACUAAUUGUUAGCGUGAGAAUGCUAUGUGUUCAUAAACUCAAUAUUACCUGUUGACAUGUAUCUGUCCGCUGCUAAGACCUGAUCUCGCAUUUGGGUUUUUCUUUCUUUGUUUCCUGUUUGUUUGGGUUCUGUCUCUCUCAAAUGAAAGGGAAAUUGUACAAAACAUAAUAGGUAUUCAAGUUUAAUGCAGAAUAAUGUUUCUUUUACGCCCCAGUGCAUAGACAGCAUUCAUAAACAUAGAAAUGAUAACACUAUGAGCAUGCUUAUGAGAAGGCACACAAGGACAAAUACACACUUAUAGAUUUAUCUACAUGCACAGAAACAGUAUGUAUAAAAUGCACUCAAAAAUGUACUGAUAUCAAUGUGAAUAAAUGUUUUCUUAAAACUA